CCUCACGUUGUGUCUCUGACACCAGCACAAAGAGCUGGUGCAGCCUCACUCUGCAAUAAUCAGCACAACAAGCAGCAGCAGCCUGCAUAUACUACCUCAGUCUGCUCCCAGAGCCACAAUCUCAUGCAUUGGUGGGGAGGGGGCUGCUGCUAUUCACUGGGACCUCUCAGGGCAGAGAUCAUGCAACCAGGCACUGAGUGAAGGACUGGUAGGAAGAUGCAGCACAGAAGAUAGAGGAAUGCAGAUGGGGACACAAUGAUAGCACUUGGUAGUCUUCCUCCCAAUACCAGUCCAGCUCUGCAUGCUAUACCGACUUGCAGCCAGGACUCUUGGCAUGUUCCUCCCAGGAUCACACUGCCUGGUCCUCAGUGAGGGCUGCACUGACCACUCUGGUGCAUCUCCAGUGCUUGCGGUAUGCCUGCAAUAGUAGGCUGUGUGUGCUGCAGGUAGGGGGAGGACCAGUCCUUGCUCCUCACUCCUCACAGUUCCCACACAGUAAAUAAUAUUUCAUCCACUGCUGCUCAGCUUGCAGUGUGGAGUCUACUAUGGGCUGUGGAGGGAGCAGAGCUGAUGCCAUUGAGCCCCGUUAUUACGAGAGCUGGACAAGAGACACUGAGUCCACCUGGCUGACCAGCACUGAUACUGAGAUCCCACCAGGAGGUCUUGGACAUUGUCAGGACGACCACAGCACAGCAGAGUCUGGUGUCAGGGACAAGAGAGGAUCCAUUCACCCUGUGAUUUCUGAAGAUGGAAAGUCAACCCAAACAUGUGUCACAUUGUCAUCCUCUGGCAAAGAAGGACUCAAGAAAACCAAUUCAGGGACACAAUGUGGGAAACCAACAGUCUACUCCACAGGAACAAAGGCGCAGAAACAGAAGGGUGUGUGCAGGACGACUGAGCAGGCUAAAAGAGACAGCAAGAGGAUGUCCAAAAAAGAAGUCACAAUCAACUUAUCGAAAAACUUGCGGCCAAUGGACAGCGACGGGCGGAUUGCAGAGAACUGUGUCAAAUAGGACAGGACGGUGGAAGCUGGGGAACACUUUACCAACCAUUUGCGCACUUUAAAGAGCGAAAUGCCGAAAGGGAUAUAGAAUCCGCUGAGAAUUUAAAGACAACUUAUUUUCUUAAAACUUUUAGUUCUCUUUCUUAGGAGCAGGUAUGGGACGUGGCGCUUAUACACCUAGGUAUAGAGAAGGGCAAAUAAGACAUAGUGGUUUGUUGUUGAGUGCCUUGAGUGAUACAUCUUUCCCAGUAGCAAGUUAAUGGGAACAUAUCGAAAUGCGUAUACGGUUAUCCUUAUAGAUGUACGGAAGCUGAGGUGCAUUGAACAAUAAUUGCUGCAUCUAUAUUUAAUGCGCUCUCCAUGGUUUAUUAGGGAAAGGAGCUGCACGCAGUUUGAUCCUUCCAGUACGAGGCGUUAUCUUGUGACUUUACUCCACCAGUAUAUCUGAAAUGUUAAAUAGAUUAUGCUUGACGUCUCUAAUAGGGAGAAAAUUCUGUGAUUGCCAAAACAACUGCGCGUAGGUUGUUUUUACUUCAUUUUAAUAGUAGGUUGUUUCUCUUUUCUAUUUUAAUCUAAUAAAGAGGCCUGCAUAUUGUGCUUAUACUACUCCUGUUAGUGGCUGUGUAUUCCUCAAUGGCUUGGAGUCAUGCAUGCAAUAACCGACAACGUCUGAUCUGUAGAUGCUAAGCCAAAUCCUUCUGCCCAGAGUCACAUCAUGUCUCUGUGGGUGACUGUCCGUCUUUGGGUGUUUUCAUUCGAAUCUUACUUACUAGUAAUACAGGGUGGAGGAAAAGGUACAGUUUACUACCAGCUUAUUACGGUGUCUCAAUAUGUUGGUUCUCUAGUCACAACUCCAGUCCACAAGGGCCAAUAAGAAUAUUUAUUACAUUUGUACCUUUGUGGUUAUGCGUGUUUUUCUGUAAACCUGAUUUUAUUUGUCUAUUCUGUAGAUUAUUACAUCUGUAUAAUUGUAUGUCAGAUGCAGAGUUAAGGGAAAACAUGGCAUCCCCAGUCCAUAACUUCUAAAAGUGCUUGAUGACCCAUCAAAACAGUCAUUUCCAAGCGUCUGCAGACAGCGGAGGCAGCCAUGUUGUGGACUGAUAUUUAAGAGAAUGCAACCUGGAACUUGUGUCAUCACUGUGGUUCUUUGUUUUCUGCAGUCCUUCAAUAAGAGAGAUAUGUACUAAGCCGUGGAGAGGGAUACAUUAUGAACCAAUCAGCCCUCAACUGUCAUGUUACAGGUUGUGUUUGAAAAAUGACAGUUAUGUGCUGAUUGGUUGUUACUUUAUCUCUCUCCACUUUAUCUCUCUCCAAUACAUCUGCCCCUAAGUGACUCUGAGAGACGAGUCAGAAAGCAUCAUAUUGCCUUACAAAGUUUACCACGGUCUGACUUCAGCAACUGGAAUAUAAUAACCUUAAUAGUCUCCUGAUAGGACUGCUGAUUGAACCAAUCAAAAGCUUUGUUUUGCAUGUCAUGUUGCAGUGAUGUCUCUAGUACUGUAUAUUUAUAGGCUACAUAAUCGUGAAUAUUGUCCACAAAAUCAUUGCUCUCGCUGUGUAUAGAUAAGAGGUAGACACUAGCUACAUUUUCAGUACUGUUCUGUGGAAAAUUCAAUUCUACUAUUCCACAGCAAAAUGUAUUCACCGUUGCAAUCCCAGGACCAUGGGCGCAGUUGUAGUGAGUGCAAGGGGUGCUGUUGCUAUAGGGCCCAGAGACCUAGAAACAGUGUCGGACUGGUGCAUGAAGGGACUUCCGAGGGAAUGCAGUGGUAGGGGCCAUGUUUAGAAGUGUGGAGUCUCUAGAAGGCGUGUGGUCAGCUGCCACAUUGGUUUGCCUAACUAGAGAGUGUAUGGACUUGGCACCUUGAUAAAUAUAUAUAGUAAAUCAUGCUAGUGUAUCAUGAUAAUGUGGCAGAUUCAUUGAUGUUUCUAUAAUGAGUGCAACGUGUGUGGUGCACACCACACACUGCACACGUGUUGCAAUACUUACCUUUCAGGAAUUACGCGUCGUCAGGCGCUACAACUGCGGCAAUGAUCACAGCCAAAAUAGCUGCUGCUCAUGUACAAUAGCGAAAUUAGUUUCUGGAACAUAUUGGGCACCAUGUUUCUAGAGACCCCGGAGUCUGCACACGGGCCUCCUCUGUUAAAAUGCCCCUGACCAGAUUAAUACCAGGAAUGCACUGUAGAAAAUACACCAUAGUCCUGUACAGUAGAAGGUAACAUAUGUACUGUAUAAUGAGUGCAUAAAAUGAACUAGGGCUUAUUACUGUAUGGCGCAUAAAAUUAACUAGGGCACUAUUACUGUAUGGUGCAUAAAAUGAACUUAGGUAAUAUUAUGGGGCAUAAAAUAAGCAACCACUGUGAAGAGAGGUUUCUGUCUAGAAACAUGAGGGAGGGGCCCCUUCAAAAUGUUGCUAUGUGCCCCAUAAAAUCCUGGCUACACCCAUGCCCAGGACUAUUCAUUAACUAUACAGUCCACAAAACGCUAAUUGAUAAAUAUGGUGCAAAGCAGCAUGCCAUGUGAUGGAGGCACGAAAGUGGUAAUAUGGUCUUAUCUGCCACCAUCAGCUUUAUAAAUACUGAACUCACGUUUGAAUGGCGUAGGUGUAGAACCAUUAUGACUCGUUGGCUAUUAUCAUAAACAUCCAUAUAAUGAACCAAUAAGGUCUGUACCAUCUCCAACAUGCAUGAGCAGUGGGAACUGCGGCGCGCACCCUCCCCUCUACCAGCUCCCACUGCAGUGAGAUGGGAAAGACUUUAGUCGUAGAGUAUGGAGGACUCUGUGAGCGCCUCAGAGUGUGACACAGAAAUGAAAGACAGUUUUGUGGAGAGAUCUAGCAUGCUCCAGUGCCAAUGGUACACAACAAUGGAUGAUGGGAAAAUCGUACGCAACUCAGUUGCGCCUCCACUUACGGAUGAAGAGACAUUCGUGACUGGUAACAAGACGUUUGUGUGUAGGCAAAGUUUAGUUAGGGUAUGUCAACGGAAUUGCAGGCUCUGUUGCGCAUAGCCAGUGGUUCUCAAACUGGGUGCCGUGGCGGAUUCGGUAUGAUUUCCCGAUGGACAGGAUGCCAGGGGUCAGAAUCUCGACAGUGGGAUCUCAACCAUGAAAAUCCCAACAGCCCCCCGGUAAAGACCCUAACCUUCCUCUGUUCCCUACCCAAACCCUCCCUUGUAGGUGCCUAUACCUAACCCUCCCCGGUGGUGCCUAAGCCUCCCCGGUGGUGACUAACGCUAACCCUCCCUUUUCCGCUGCCUAACCCUAGCCCUCCCCGCCUGGUGCCUAACGCCUACCCUCCCCUUCUUAGUCUCUAACCCCCCUCCACGGUACCUAACCAUAACCUUCCCCGUGCAGCAUCCUAACCCUAACUCCCUUACUAGGGCCUAAAUCUAACAUUCCCCCCUUCCCCCAACACAGCAGGAAUCUGUAACUACGAAUGGGAUUCCAUCCUCCAUCUGGAUUUAGAUGGUGAGCUUAUGCCGUCGUUUGGGAUUUCUGCAUUGGUAUUUCGACCGCCGGGAUCCCAUACAUUGGCAUACUGAAUACAUCCUGCCGUGGCACCCUGGGGUACCUUGGGGCACUUCAGGGUUGUCCUGAGUUGAUGUCUAGGACCAAUUUAAUUGAUCUAUUUAUGGUAUAUGUGAUAGGCAAAUACAGUGCUUGUAGCUUCCGAUAAUAGUGACGGCCAUAAAACCGACUGCAUGUAUGGGGUGGUUUGGCUGUUGAGAUACCUACCACUCAGCAUACGUGCUCCGUGCUGGUAUUAUAGGAACAAUUACAGCCAACGCUGCAUCUGACACUCUAACUUUUUGUUAGUUUUUGUUUUUGUUUUUUUUGCUAUGUAUUUUUUCAGUGUACAUGUGUGCGUGCAUCAUUGUGUAUUAUAUCUAUAGAACAUAAGAAUGGUACAAACUACGGGUGUGGUUCAUUAGGUCGACAUGAGUUAGGUCGACAUACAUUGGGUCAACAUGCAUUAGGUCGACAUGAUCACUAGGUCAACAUGGUCAUUAGGUUGUCAUGUGCUAGGUCGACAUGGGAAAUGGUCGACAUGAAGGGUUUUUUUACUUAUUUUGGUGUAGUUUUCUUCGAAAAGUGACGGGGAACCCCAAUUAGUGCACUGUGUCCCCUCGCUUCACUCGUCAUGCUUCGGGCAAGGUUACCGUUCACAAUUGUAGUCCACGUGGAGUAUGAAAAAGGUAAAAAAAAAAAAUGAAAAAAUUGUGAAAAACUCAUGUCGACCUUUUUCCAUGCCGACCUAGUACAUGUCAACCUAAUGAGCAUGUCGACCUAGUGAUCAUGUUGACCAAACGUGGUCGACCUAAUGUAUGUCGACCUAACUCAUGUUGACCUAAUGACCGCCAUCCAUUGACGUUUCUAUAAUUGGCGUCUAUAAUUGGCGCAAUGUGUGCGGUGCACACGGGCCCCUGGGUUCAGGGGGGGGCCCACACCACACACAUUGCACCCAUUUAAAUACUUACCUAACUGGAGUCCAGCGGCGGGUGCAGCGUCCGUGGUGGAAAUCACCGACAAAAUGGCCGCCGCGCAUGCGCGGUAGCCAAAUUGGUCUCCGGAUCAUGGCGGGCGCCAUGUUUCUGGAGACCUGCGCAUGCGCAGUAGACUCCGGCACAUUGCCGGAGUCUACAGCGCCGUUCAGAGGAGGGGGCCCACCCGGAGGUGCACACAGGCCCCCUCCGCUGUAUAAACGCCCCUGCCGCCGUCCACAAACUCCACUGCCUCUAAUACUCCUGCAUUUGGCCCUGUGUCGUUUCAUGACUGACUGGGAACCACCAGAAAAUAAAAUGUAUCUGACUCACUGCUUGAUCCUGAGUUCUCAAUAUAAGGCUGCUCUUUAAAACCCGUUAGACAACUCUUAUGAAGGGCUAUUGUGACGUAUCCACCGGCAGUUAUUUCUGUUCCUCAUUUAUACAUCCUGUCAAUCUCUCAGUGUUCUAUUGGUCCUCUCUCAUGUGUCUGACUGUUUGUCUUUCCUCCAGACGUUUCUGUACACAAAUAGCUUAUACCUUGCUUUACAGGGCUGCUAGAUAGGUUAUUACCUAACGCUGGUCUUUAUCUCCAGUUCAGAGAUGCACUCCUUACUAUUUAAUGCUCUUAUGAACUUUUAAUAAAUAUUCUUUUACUCUGCA